AUGUUGAACUAUCAGCAUUCGCUCUCACCCGUCGGUAACCCUGCAAAUUUUUAUUAUCCACCGACGGCCCAUUUGCCUCCACCACCACCGACGGUGCCGCCUCCGACGACGGGUUCUCAUUUAGACGCAGAAGCCUUAGCCACAUAUCCAGCAUCCGUGGCACAUCAAUUGAUCAUCGAUGGUGAAGAGAAACAUCAACAACAACAACAACAACAACAUCCUUCUGACUCUUAUCUAAAGAAUCGCUGUGACAAGUUCAGAGAUUUGGACAAAAUGCAUCGUUUCUCGGUCGAUAAUCUCAUUGAACUGAAACAUGAUGCCUAUGGCAAAGGCAAAAUGUCCAUGGAACUGAAUAAUAAUUAUGGCGUUGGCAGCGGCAUUGGAGGAGCCACAGAUUACCCCAACAAUCUCUCAACGGGACACUCAAGAAAGCCACGACGCAAUCGCACGACAUUCAGUUCAGCCCAGUUGACAGCCCUGGAGAAAGUAUUCGAAAGAACCCACUAUCCAGAUGCCUUUGUACGUGAAGAACUGGCCACCAAAGUGCAUCUCAGUGAGGCGAGAGUUCAGGUUUGGUUUCAAAAUCGUCGUGCGAAAUUUCGCCGCAAUGAGCGCAGUGUGAGCGGCUCUCGUCCAUUGAUGGACCAUGCGGGAUCCCAAUUGGUUCCAGCACCCAUUUCAACAGCCUCCACCGGCAAUAUGCAUAAAUACCCAAAUCUGACACAUCCCACCGCCCAUGCCCCGCCCUCCGAGGCAGCAGCAGCAGCGGCGGCGUACGCAUUGAAUUUUGGUCCUCUGGAGUUGCGGUCAUGUCAGAAUUAUACGAAUUGCUAUGGCAGCUUUGGGGCAAAUCCAACGGCGGGGGCAAGUGGCAACGGUGUCUGCUCAUUCUUUGGUGCCUCCAACUAUUGUGUGGCUGCGGCGGCCAACUAUGCGGCCAAGAAUGCCUAUCCAUCGCUCUGA